AUGAUUGGAGUUUCAGGUGGCAGGCGCCUGGCGGUCAGUGGCGAUGAGGAGGAGGUGGGCGCAGGGAGGUAUGCCUACAAAAAGGUGGAGGAGUUUCCGUGCGGACCAGGAAUCGAAUCGUCACGUCUCUCUGAGGUUCGGGAGUGGUGCGAAAAGUUGGGUGCAAAGUCGGACCCAAGAGCAGGACGGAAGCGCGUCAUCCGAUCCUACGCCAACAAGGUGGGUGGCGAGAAGCGAGAGCUGCUCAAGCGCAGAAUGCCUGCCUCUGCGAGCUCAGCGCCUGGGAAGAGGGCACGUGCAGCCGGUGCUUGA